CGGAACACUACUGUGUUGAAAACUCGAAACGUGUGUAGAUCUACACAUCCUAUACAAGGCGAAACCGAAAGUAUCUUAAGAUUUCUGGAUUGUUCUCUUGGUGUACGAGAUCGUCUGUAAUACUAACUAACCAUUUUGUUCAUCUCGGUAACAUGCUGCCGUCUUCAGGUCAUUCUGAUUGUCUUCACCGAAAUAACUGAAAAUAAUGUCAAAGGAGCGAGGAGAGGACUCUCUCUCCCAGUUAAGUCUUUCAGAGAAAAAGGGUGAAAGAUCAGAUUCACCUGUAUCCAGCUCUUUGUCUGUAAAUAGUGACUGUUCAAAAGGUGAAGGUCCGAACUUGAAUGAAAAAACAUCAUCGGCCACCAGAAGUGAAAAAUCAGGUUCACAUGUGUCCAGUUCUAUGUCUGUUAAGAGUGACGAAGGUGAAGGCCCAAAACUAAGUGAGAAAAAAACAUCAGCUACCAGAAGUGAAAGAACAGGCUUUGUGUCUGUAAAAAGUGACCGGUCGAAAGAUGAAGGACCAAAAUUCAGUGAAAAAUUACCAUCAUUUACCAGAAGUGAAAGAUCAAUCUCACCUGUAUCCAGUUCUGUGUCUGUGAAAAGUGACUGUUCAAAAGGUGAAGGACCAAACCUAAGAGAGAAAACACCGUUGUCUACAAAAAGUGAAAGAUCAGUCUCACCUGUAUUCAGUUCUGUGUCUGUGAAAAGUGACUGUUCAAAAGGUGAAGGACCAAACCUAAGUGAGAAAACACCGUUGUCUACAGAAAGUAAAAGAUCAAUCUCACCUGUAUCCAGUUCUGUGUCUGUGAAGAGUGACUGUUCAAAAGGUGAAGGACCAAACCUAAGUGAGAAAACGUUGUCUAAAAAAAGGGUUAAAUAUGAGAAAUCAGAUUUCCAGACUCACCGCUUCAACAAGAAUUUCAGAGAAUAUCUUCAGUGGAUCUUUCAGGACCUUGAGAAUAAGAUGAUUGUUUUUAUGAAAAAUGAACUGGCAAGGUUUAGGAAAAUAUUACAAAAAGAGGACACGCAAUGCUUUGUGAGGGACUUUAAUGAAAAUAGAUGCAGUAUUAAUGAAGCAGCACUUGAUCUCACACUCUACUUCCUGAGAGAGAUGAAGCAGUAUGAAGCUGCUGAUACUCUAGAAGAUAAGCUGGUCUUUAUUCAUCAACAAAGACUUAAAUCAAACCUAAAGAAGAAGUGUCAGUCUGUGUUUGAAGGAAUUGCAAAGCAAGGUGACUCUAGACUUCUGAAUAACAUCUACACAGAUCUCUACAUCACUCAAGGUGAUAGUGAACAAGUGAAUACUGGACACGAGGUAAGACAGAUUGAAGUUGCUUCCAAACGUCAUGAAUCGCAAGAGAUACAGGUUGAAUGCAAAAAUUUGUUUGAACCACCUGAACAAGACAAGGAGAUCAGAACUGUACUGACAAAAGGAGUGGCUGGCAUCGGAAAAUCAGUAUCUGUGCAAAAGUUUAUUCUGGAUUGGGCAGAAGGAAAAGAAAAUCAAGACAUCAGCUUCAUAUUUCCUCUUCCAUUCAGAGAGAUUAACUUAAAAGAGAAGGAAAAACAAAGUUUGAUGAGCCUUGUAAGUCAGUUCUUCCCUGAGACAAAAGGACUGAGCCUUAAAAGAAUAGAUAAAUUCAAAGUCCUUUUUAUCCUUGAUGGUUUGGAUGAAUGUCGUCUUCCUCUAAACUUUAAGGAUAAUGAGACGUGGCAUGAUGUAUCAUCACCAGCCUUUCUGGAUGUUCUCCUCACAAACCUCAUCAAGGGAAAUCUGCUUCCUUCUGCUCUCAUCUGGAUCACCACCAGACCAGCAGCUGCCAGUAAGAUUCCUCCUGACUGUAUCGACCGGCUGACAGAGAUACGUGGAUUCAAUGAUGCACAGAAGGAAGAGUACUUCAGAAAAAGAUUCACAGAUGAAAAUCGAGCAAAAAAAAUCUUUGCUCAUGUUAAACAAUCAAAGAGUCUCUUUAUCAUGUGCCACAUCCCAGUCUUCUGCUGGAUUUCAGCCACUGUUCUCCAGAACAUUUUAGAGGAGAAAAUAAAUGAUCUGAAAAAUGAUCAAGCUGAUGACGCCUCCAAAACACUGCAGGAAUCAAAUACUGAAGACACUCUCAAGACUCUGACACAAAUGUACACACAUUUUCUUCGCUUUCAGAUCCAGCAGAGCAGACGAAAGUAUGAUGGAGAAUACACACCAGAUGUUUCCUGGGAUAAAGACGCUAUCCAUUCACUGGGGAAACUGGCAUUUCAACAGCUGGAGAGAAAUAACCUGAUCUUCUAUGACACAGACCUGGAAGACUGUGGUAUUGAUGUCUCUAAAGCAUCAGUGUAUUCAGGCAUGUGUACCCAGAUCUUUAAGGAGGAAACGGGGAUCACUGUUGGUACCAUGUACUGUUUUGUUCACAUGAGCAUUCAAGAGUUUAUUGCAGCCCUUUAUGCACAUCUGUUUCUAGACAUCAACAAGAAAAAUGUGUUUGUUCAAGAGUCUACGGAACAACAAAACAAAAAUGAAGCCAUGAUUGAUUUGCUCAAGACUGCAGUGGACAAGUCACUCGAUAGUGACAAUGGACACCUGGACCUUUUCCUUCGCUUCCUCCUUGGUUUAUCACUCAAAUCCAAUCGUCCACUCUUACGAGGUCUGUUGACACAGCAAGACGACAAUGACCAGAGCAAAAAGGAAAUAGCUCAUUACAUCAAGCAGAAAUUAGGUGGUAAUCUAUCUCCAGAGAGAUCCAUCAAUCUGUUUUACUGUCUGAAUGAACUGAAUGAUCAAACUCUGGUGAAAGAGAUUCAGACUCGCCUUAGCAAAGGAAGUCUUUCAUCUGCUGAUCUUUCACCUGCCCAGUGGUCUGCUUUGGCUUUUGUGCUGUUGACAUCAGAGAAGGAGCUAGAAGAGUUUGAGCUUCAGAAAUUCAAGAAAUCAGACGAAUGUCUUAUUAGAUUACUGGCAGUGAUCAAAACCUCCAAAAGAGCUCUGUUAAAUGACUGUACCUUAACAGACAAAAGCUGUUCAUCUCUGGCUAUAGUUCUUGGAUCAGAUACCAGUCUGAAAGAGCUGAACAUGAACAAUAAUAAUCUACAGGAUUCAGGAGUGAAGCAGCUCUGCACUGGACUAAUGAAUAAUAAAUGUAAAUUGGAGAUACUGGGGCUAAGCAAGUGUUAUCUAACAGAGGAAAGCUGUUCAGCUCUUGCUUCAGUUCUCAGUUCAGACUCCAGCAGUCUGAAGGAGCUUGACCUGAGCAAUAAUAAUCUACAAGAUUCAGGAGUGAGGCUGCUCUCUGAUGGACUGAAAGAGAACUGUAAACUGGAGAAACUUGGAUUGUCAAACUGCAGUAUCACUGAAGAAGGUUAUAAAGCUCUGGCUUCAGCUCUGAGAUCAAAUCCUUCAUACCUGAUAGAGCUGGAUCUCACAGGAAAUGAUCCUGGACAAUCAGGAGUGAGAGAGCUCAGUGAUUUACUACAGGAUCCAAACUGUCAACUGAAGACACUGAGAUUUUUGGGUCCAGCUGCAGAUGAAGCUUGUCAGUAUGUGGCUGGAAUUGUGGGUAAAAACCCGUUACUCUUGAGAGAGCUUAAUCUGAGUAGAUGUGAACUAGGAGACACACAAGUGAAUCUGAUCACUGCUCUUCUGCAGGAUAAACACUGUACACUGAAUAAAUUUGAUCUGUGUGAUUGCAGUAUUACAGAGAAACAGUGUCUCAUCCUGACUUCAGCUCUGAAAUCAAACCCAUCACACCUGAGAGAACUGAACCUUAGUGGAAAUAAACUAAAACACACAGGAGUGAAUUAUUUAUGUGACAUGCUGAAGGAUUCACACUGUAAACUGGAGAGACUGAGGUUGAGAUACUGUGACAUGACAGUUGAAGGUUGCUCUGCUCUGACUUCAGCUCUGAAAUCAAACCCAUCACACCUGAGAGAACUGGACCUGAGUGGAAAUAAAAUUGGAGACUCUGGAGUCAAAAACCUCUGUUCUUUACUGAGUAGUUCACAAUGCAAGCUUGAAAUACUACAUCUGAGUAGAUGCAGUAUUACAGAGAAAGAGUGCCCCAUCCUGACUUCAGCUCUGAAAUCAAACCCAUCACACCUCAGAGAACUGGAGCUCAGUAGGAAUCAAAUAAAAAACACAGGAAUGAAUCACUUAUGUGAUGUACUGAAGGAUUCACAUUGUAAACUGGAGAGACUGAGACUAAAUUAUUGUGGCAUUACAGAUGUUGAUUUUUUAACUGAGGCUUUGACAAACAAAAAAGCACUGCAGUUUUUAAAAGAGCUUGAUCUGAGCAACAAUAUGAUUGGAGACUCAAAGCAGCAGCUCAUUGAUGUGCUGCAAGACUCAGACUGUGAACUGAGCCUAGAGAUAGAGCAUUGGUUCAGAGCAAAUCUUUGAGAACAGCACUGUCAGAUUUGUUGGUGAGAUAUUGCCUUGUAGCAAUUCAUCAAUACAAACUAUUCAAAACUUAUAGUUACUAUGAAUUCAAAAUGUUUAUACACACAUGCAUUUAUUUGAUAACAAAUUUAAACAACUUCAAACAGCAUUGUUUCAGGCUCAGAUUUACAAAUUACAAAUUGUUGUGUUAGUUGAAACAUGUACACAAGUGAUAUUUAAUGGUUGGAUUGGAUAUUGAAUGUUGAUUUAGUAUUCAUAAAAAUUAUUGUUUUGCUUUA